UAAUAAAAGUUAAAGACGACCCGACCGACCCUUGUUCUUCUACAUAUAUUGAGUUUCCUUUUUAGUUAUCUCUCCCUUCUCAAAACCAAAGCAGGAAUCUCUCUGUCUGCGAGGGAGCGCCUCCUCUAAAACCCUAUUUAAACAGCUCCUCUUCCUCCCUCAUUCCACCAAAUCUCUCUCUCUCACUCUUCUCUAAACCUAAAAAGCUUCCUCCUUUUUUACUCUCCUCGGUUCCAUCGCUCUCUGCCAGGUCUCUAAAUCCGAAUUCGAUCGAAAAGGGGACGUGUGUGUGUGUGUGGAGAUAUGGCUGCUGCCGAGGAAGGUGCUGUGGUUCACCCGUCUCACGAAGAAAUCUCUGAGGCUUUUGUUAAUCAGUACUAUCAUAUAAUGGUAAACGCCACUGAUGAAGCUUACAGGCUUUAUGUUGAUGGUAGCGUUAUCACCAGACCUGGAGGAGGUCCUCAUGGUCCCAUGCUCUCUUUUACAUCCCUCCAGGCUAUCAAGGAGCACUACCUAACCUGUGAAUAUAAGGGAACUACAUACGACGUGCUCAGUGUUGAUUCUCAAAGGUCGUUGCGAGAUGGGAUACUAAUCAUGGUUGUUGGUUUCUUGACUGGUAAAGACAACCUCAAGAGGAAGUUUUCCCAGACGUUCUAUCUGGCGCCUCAGGACAAGGCCUACGUUGUCGUCAAUGACAUGUAUCGUUUUGUUGAUGAAGAAGAGUCUUCCCUUCCUCCAACUGUUGUUGAAUCUGAAGCUGAAGUGGCGAAGCCAGUUGAUGAGGUUAGCAAGACCGAGCAGGUCAAGAAGGUCAUCGAUGAUGCUCCUGCCAAGAAGUCUGUUAAAGCUGCUGAGGCUAAGAAGGUUGUUGCUGGAGCUGCUCCUCCUCCUGUUGCUGCUCAAAAGCCUAAAGAGCCAAUUGCUGAAACUGCUGCUGAUGGAGCAAAGAAAUCUUAUGCUGCGAUGGUUCAAUCACUGUUGAGGAACGCUGCUCCCUUCCAAGCUAAAGCAGCCCCGGUUCAGAAACCUAGAUCCAUGGCACCACCAGCCAAAGCCCGUGCAGCAGCUCCAGCACCUGCUGUUGUUGGUAAACCUGAAAGGAAAAGUGAUCAGAGGAUCGUUGAUGAACCAGGAACUUCGGUAUUUGUGUCAAAUCUGCCGAUGGAUGCAAAGGCGCCUCAGCUCUAUGAACUGUUCAAGGACUUUGGUCCUAUCAAAGAAGGUGGAGUUCAAAUCAGAAGCUCCAGGGCUAGUGGAAGAUGCUUUGGUUUUGUUUCCUUUGAAUCUGUUGCAUCUGUCCAGAGUAUGCUUAAGGCUGCCAAGAGCAACCCCUUCAAGCUUGGGGAGCAUAAGCUUCGUGUAAAGGAAAAGCAAGUUGAGUAUGAUGGAAGCAAGCAGUCUGGUGGGAGAAGUGGAAGCAAGGCACAGAAUGGCUCUGUAGAUGAGAGCAAGACUCCUACUGGUUCUGUAGAUGAGAGCAAGACGCCGAGUGGGUCUGCAGAUGGAAGCAAGUCUGAGAAUGGCUCUGCAGCAGGUGGGGAAGAUGAUGAUGGCUUCAAGACGAUUACAAGCCGUAGGAACAGAAGAGGAAACGGAGACAAGAAAAACAGUGUAACUCCUAAGGUCAAAGCUUGAUAUAAUCUCCUCUCCUCUGCAAACACCCAACAAGUACAAGAAAGAGUUACAGCCUUUGAUAGAAAAUUAAUUGUUUGAAGAGAAGGGAAACUUGAGAUAAUUUUUCGACAUUACAGAUUUACAUCUCUUUACUUUGUUUAGGUCUUUUUUUCUUACUCAUGGUACUCAUAAUAGUUCUUCUGUUGGUUUUUGUUCUGUCUUUUCACCAGACAAAUUUCUAUUUUCCAUUUCUUAUAUUCCAAAAAAGAGGUUAUU